CGGAGCUCGCAUUCCGGGGCUGUGGCGGCCUCUUCCCCCGGCGUUCCCGGUGCGCGGUGAGGGCUCCCUGGAGCCGGGCGUUGGCGUGAGCCUCAGCCGCCGCCGGCCCUCUGCCGUGGACCGGACUGGGCCGCCCAGAGCAGGCGCGGCGGGAGCGAGCGGAACGGGCGGGAGCUUUCCUGCCUAUGGGCGGCCCCUGGGUGCUCUGAGAGCCGGGCUCCGAGCGGCCGAGAAAAUGAUGCAUCCUGUGGCCGGCAGUAAUCCAGCGUUCUGUGGGCCUGGCAAGCCUUCCUGCCUCAAUGAAGAUGCCAUGAGAGCAGCUGAUCAGUUUGAUCUAUAUUCCUCUCAGCAAAGCAAAUACAGCCACACAGUCAGCCACAAACCAAUGGUUUGUCAGAGGCAAGACCCAUUAAACGAAACACACUUGCAGCCCACCAGUGGCAGAAACAUAGAGAUAAAAGAUGAACUGAAGAAAAAGAAAAACCUCAACCGAUCUGGUAAGCGUGGCCGGCCUUCAGGAACCACCAAGUCAGCAGGAUACCGGACCAGCACAGGCAGACCUCUGGGAACCACCAAAGCAGCUGGAUUUAAAACAAGUCCAGGCAGACCUUUGGGUACAACCAAAGCUGCAGGAUACAAGGUCAGCCCAGGGAGACCUCCAGGCAGCAUUAAAGCGCUGUCCCGGCUUGCAGAUUUCGGUUAUGGUUGUGGCACUGCUGCCUUCCCUUACCCUAUGAUGCAUAGCCGGGCAGUUCAUGGGGUUCAGGAAAGUGGCGGGGAAGUCAAGCCACCUAGUGAGUAAUCGAGGCAGGAGAGAGUCACCCCAAAGCCUCUUGCUGUAAUUUGACAUGACUUGACCACCUGGACUUCCCAAGUUUGUUUUUCUUUUUCUUCCUUUCUUUUUUUUGCUCAGAAGCUGCCACGUGUUGGCAGAUGCACUUUGGGCAGGAGUAGUACAUUUUAUCUGUAUUGCACAAGGUUCAGACAACACGGCUAAGUCAGUUUUGUUUCUCUUUGUGCCAUUCUAAGUGGAAGCCUCACCUGCUUAGCAGCUGCCGCAGUUAGCUUUUGUGAGUAAACCACAGUGUAAUAAAGUUUUACCUGAGGCAUUAUAAUUGAUGGGGCCAAACAGCAACUAGUGAACAGAUUACAUGGGAUGGCUGUGUGAGUUUAGAGCUUUCGUGAAUAAGACACAGCUUAUUUAUUGAUUCACGUGACAUUAGUUGAUCAUUAUUCCUAAAGCAUUGUUUAAUACCUGCCUUUCGGAGAUUAUAGUUACAAGUUAUGUGUUUCUCAGUUGCCUAAGAGCAUAUACACCACAACACUACAAACAAAUCAUACUUACAGCAAAGUCCUUAAAUACUUCAUAUACAUGCACAUUAUAUUUAAUAUACAAAAAGAACCCUUAGGGGUCUGCAUGUAACUAUAAUCAUUCUGUUUUAUCUUUCAUAUACUUAGUGAGUUUCCAUAUUAAUUCAAAUAUUAUAUUUAAAACAUUUAUUAGUAUUGUUCAUUUAUUUAGAAUGUUUUUGUUUGUUUUUUUAGUUCUUCUGAGUAAUUAGAACUUAACUGCAUUUUCUGGUUUAUAUCUACCAAAGGACACAAAUUGAGUGGUAGGCUGCAAAACUAGUCUAGGCAGAAAGCAGUUUCUUGGCUAUCAAGACCUAGAAACUAAGAAAUGCAAGAACUCAGUAUGUGUAAACCCUGUAAACCGAGUGCUAGUUAGGUUAAAAAUGGCAUUGUGGCUCCAGGAUAAUUGCCUCUUCCUGGUGAGGCACGCCUUCAGCUCAGUAUGGAAGAGAGACAAAUGCUGGCACGUGGGCAUUGUUACGGGAUGAAGGCUUCUUCCUUUCCGAAGUAGUUUCUGUUAAUAUACAUUUUAUUUAUUCUGAGUUUGUUCUAAGUAAAAUACUUAACACUUUGGAAUUGAAAAGCUUUCCCUGGUGUGGUGCCAUGUGCCUUUAAUCCCAGUUUGGGAGGCAGAGGCAGGUGGGUCUGUGAGUUUGAUAUUUGCGUGGUAAGUUCCAGGACAGCCAGUUCUAGGCAGAAAGACCCUGUCUUUAAAAAAAGCAAAACAAAAAAGAAAGAAAAGCUUUCACUGAACUUAAAAAAUUAUGCUUUUUACUUGCAUUUGAAAUGCCUUUGAGAUUAAAAUGUAGAUUUACAGGACUUAAAAAACUUUAAAAAUAAUCAGAAAUUAAUUUAGAAGGACACAUACCUGUUGGUUAGGCUUGUUCUUGGUCCGUGCAAACUGACUGCAUGUGAGUACCAUGUUUCGGACCUUUAUCAGGAGGCAAGCAGCAAACCUCAGGUGCCUCUGUGAUAGAUAGCUGACACACAGCUGGGCUUCUGCUCCUGCAGUAUUUUGUGUUGCAUUGCAUGCGGGGACAGUGGCCUCAACAGUACUGGCUUUGCACAAACCAUAGAGAACAGUGCACAAAGUUGGGUGACUAUAUAACCAGCUGUGACAUUCAGGCAGCUAAAGUGCUUCAAGAGUUUCCUCUUGCAGAAGCUUAGACUAUAAAACUUUUAAUAAUUUACUCAGAAAGUGUAAUUUCUGACACACACAAAGGCUUACAUCUUAUUUGUUUGUUCAUCUGGUCAGUUGAAUAUCUGUCACUUAGCUGUUUCUGAAGUUGUUCAGCAGCUGGCUCUUAGAAAUCCUGCAUGGGUAGCUCUUGCAGACAGAUGAAGUGCUCUGCUGUAGAAUAGUGCUCGCCGCUGUCAAGGAUUUGGGCGCGUAGUAAGCCUACUUGCCAUCCUUUCAGUUUCGUUCCUGGUUUUAUACCCUUCCAUUGCUUCCUUGCCCUUUCCCACACCUGUCCCUUUCCCUCAGCUCUCAGCACAUCUACUCAGUAGUGCAAGGCAGAGUGUCAGAGUGGGUGUGUUACUGUAGCAGGAGUUUCAUAUACAUGAUCAUGAAAUGGGACAUCAGUGUGAGGAGGCAUGUUUGUAACAGUGUUUCUAUCUGGAGCUCUACCCCAGGAAAGGGGGAUGAAUGGCUACAGCUGUGAAUGCCUAGCAUCAUUUAGAAAACUGCAGUACUGUUCCUGUGAGCAGUUACUUGGAACACUUAAGUGUGCGCACGGGUGAACAUCUUGUGGACAGUUUGCUUGUGCCAUGCUGGAGAGACAGAAGUGAUGACGGGAAUGAAGUCUUCACAUAAAAAGUAUUUUUACUUCUACAUGAUUAAAGACUACAUUCUGCAUCUUUUGUUAACAUGGUCUUUUGUCAUGACAGACACUGAAAUAGCAUGUUAAACAGUUGCCUCCCCCCAGUGUAUAGUUGUUCCUUAAAAGGUAAAUUGCUAAUUUUAUACUGCGUGAUUCUAUUCUUCAUAAAAUAGGUUUCACUACUCUAUAUUAAAACUGUCAGAAAUGAUCUAUUCAAGUAAGUUUGUUUUACUUUUCUCUUAAAAGGAUAUUUUAACAUGCCUUAUUUAUUAUUAUCAUAACAAAUAAGGAGUCAAUACAGAUGAAAUUUUCAUUUUCCACAGGUAUCGCCUUGUCUAACUACUCUUUAGUACGGGGUGAUUUUGAUACUAUCUUUGGAGUUUUGCACUGGAUAUUUAAAAAUAUAUAUAUUGGCACACUAUAUUGAAAAGUUAAAUAGUAUUUGGUUUGAUUUUUAAUAUUUGGGAACUUUUUUUUAAAUCAGUGUUUAAAUCAGACUAACAAUCCUUUGUAUUUUUAAUUACUUUUUAAAAAGAAUCAUCUGUCAAAGUGGUAUUUAUUCAUUUCAAACUAGUGUUUGUGUGAAUUCAUAUAUAUUUUUUCAUGAAAUAAUAGAAUUUCUUUGAAGUAAAAUCUGGAUCAAUUUAUUAUGAGGUUAAGGUUGCUUCAUCCAGUGUAAGAAUGACCAUAGUAUGAGUUUAAACGGUGACCUUCUUUAUACUUUUAGAAGCUUUAAAAUAACAGUUCAGGGGAUAUUGAUGACUGCUCUGGCAGUUCCUUGUCUAUAUGCAGUAAAAUUUUAUGAUCUGUUACAAUAAAAUAAUAAUUCAUAGUAGUUUUGGGCAUAAAAAGGUUUGGUGCUCUUUUAUUGUUAUUGUAAUGACUGCGCUCAAACUCUUAAGAUGUAUCUAAAUCUUUCCUUUCCUUUUCUCCCCUUUCCUUCCAAGUAGACAAAUGUAUGCUCUCACAUACAAUGUAUUUAAGUUUUUGAGAAGUGAUGCUGUAGUGAGUCAAUUGUGUGAUUUAAUCAGGCCACUCAAUUCUUUGAUUCACAACCUCCUUCUUCCACAGACAAUUGUGAAGCAAUUACUAGUUAACUGAUAAUAAGCACGUUGUCCUCUGCUGUAAAAAGUCUGAAUAGAUACUGUGUAUGUUUUAAUGUCCAUGAACUUGAGCUACUCGUGUGCAAUUAUGUGUAUGGAAUGGAGUAGUGUUCAUGAUUUGUAUCUACAUCAUCAUAUGGAUGUAUAUUUAUUAAUAAAGACACCACUUUAAAACCAA